AUGAGCUGGGUGACCCUAAGUAGACCAGGCAAGAUUGCACCUUCCAUCAUCGUGACCUUCUUCCUAACUCCAUCUCUGGCCCUGUUGAACAUCAGUGACAGCCAUCCUCUGGCUGGAUCUGUCGCGACCCAGAUCAUCCAUGUCAACGCCCUCCAAGGUCUGGUCAGCAUCCGAGACAACAAUGUUUUGAGUGAAUGGGAUGGAAUCAUGGACUACACGAAUACCCUCUUGGCAGCUAAGCUGUUUAGCAAGAUGGCCUGCGUCCUGGCCAAGAUGGACCAAGCAGUCUUCCCAAGCCUGGCUGAUGUUAGCAAGGCCCUGGAUCAGCAGGACUUGAAGCAUUACCCACCCACCCACGGCCUGACCUACACUGUCUUACCCAGCCGGGUCAAGAACUUAGCCCAGUAUGGAGUGGCCAUCAGAGACAUGUGCAGAGAUGUCCCCACCUACUUUGCCCAGCAGCAAAAAGAAGGUACUGCCCUGGCAAUUGACCCCGAUUCCUGUUUCAGUCUCCAAAUUCUGCUCUUUAUGGGACUCUCCAUCUGUGGUGAGAUCCCCGGGCUCUGA